UCGGUCAUAUUUGUCUAAAUGAAAUUAGAUUUUUAAGAAAAUAGUUUUAUUUAAAUUAUUAAAGUAAUUAAAAAUUGGUAAGCUCAAUCAGAAAAGAAGUAAUGAAUUCGGAAAAUUUGCGUAUCUUAAAAAGAAAAGUUGGAGGGCACAAGCGUUGCUGUUAUGGCCUGUGUAAAAGUGACAGUCGAACUAAAGCAUACCACGAAAUUGGAAAUUUUUAUUUUAUUUGCUUUCCAAAACCAUGUAUACAGUUUAGAAGAGGCGAAAUUGAAAAUAAAAUAUUAAAAUCUCACUUAAAGUUAUUUGGAGAAUGUGCAAAAAGUGACAAAUGGUUAAAAGCAUGUGGACGCACAGACAAAAAGUUCAACCAUAUAAGUAAGGUUACGAGAUAUUCUUAUAUUUGUUUAUUGCAUUUUUCGGGAGAAGCUGGACCAACAGAGCAAUUUCCAGAUCCUGAAAGUUUUAAAAAUAAUUUUUCUGGACAAAAGAAGGUAAAAAACUAAAAUUAUUGUAAAUAAAUGAAUUAUAGACAUAACAUCAACAUUGCCAGUAACCUAACCUAAAAAUAAAAUCUGCAAAAUUCAUAGUUCUCUGGAAAAUAAGUACUUAAAUGGUUCAUCAAGUACGAAGGAAAGUGAUGUUCCCGAAAUAAAUAAAUUAAAUUCAACGUUACCACCGUCAUCUGAUAUAGUGCAGCAGGAAAUCGUUGGACUGAAAGAAAAUUCUGGUGAUGUGAUAGUAAACGACGUAGAUUUGCGAGAAGUUACAUCGUUUUAGUUUCCCAAGGAGGACAAUGCUUUGUCAAUUAGUGUAGAUGGUCAAAAAGAAAAUUUCAUCAUGAACACUGUCACCACAAAAAUGUCGAUAGAAACACAAACCGAUUUUACAGAUUAUAUUGCUUAUAAAGAUGAAACAUGUCAAAGCUAUAUAAAUCAACGCUCUUUAAGUUCUCAAACGUCGUAAAAAUUAAUGAAAGAAACAAUUUCAACAAAAAAAAUUAUUCAGAGAAUAAUUUUAUUAAAAAUAAUGUAACUGAAACUUUGAAAAAAAUUGUUACGCGUUUUCAACAAUUUUUAGAAAAAAAUGAGAAGGAAUCUUUAUUUUAUACUGGUUUAAGAUUUAAACAAAUUUUGAUUCUUCUUACGAAAAGUAAUUGUGAUUCAAAAAUGAGAUUAUUAACACCUUUACAAGAACUAAUUAUUGUGUUAGUUCGCUUAAGGUGUGGGUUACUUUUGGAGGAUAUGGCAUACAGGUUUCGUAUUAGCGUUGGACUUUUAAGCAGCAUAACAACAACUUGGAUUCAAUUUAUGUAUCGAGAAUUUACAGAAAACUUGCGACCAAAAAUGUUUGCUUCGAGAGAACAAGUCCAAAAACAUGUUCCAUUAAUUUUCAAACAGUUUAAAAACCUUCCAGUAAUUAUAGAUUGCACCGAAUUUUUUUGUGAAUCUCCAGGAAAUUUUGAACAUCAGGGAAAUGUAUAUUCAUCAUAUAAAAGUCAUACUACUUUCAAGGUUUUAAUAGGAUGUACACCAAAUGGCGGUAUAGGUUUUGUUUCCGAUGUGUAUGAGGGAUCUAUUUCUGAUCGCGAAAUUGUUAUUCAGUCGAAACUGGCUGACUAUUUGAUUCCUGGUGAUGUUGUCCUGGCUGAUAAAGGAUUUACUAUUCAAAAUGUUGUUGAGCAGAUAGGGGCACAUUUGAAUAUACCACCAUUUCUUCGAAAUAGAGAUCGAUUCACAGCUCAAGAGGAAAUAGCAAAAAAAAAAUAGCUAAAGAAAGAAUUUAUGUUGAGCAUGCGGUGGGCAGGUUAAAACAGUUUCGAUUUCUCCAAAGAACAAUACCAUUAAGUAUGAGGGGUAUAAUUUCUCAAUUAGUGUUUGUUUGUGCUUGUCUUGUAAAUUUUGAAGAUCCUCUUGUUUUUGAUAAAAAGUAAUUUUGUUAAAUCAGAGGAUAGCAAUGUUUUUAAUGAUUUUAAUUAUCGGUUUUCUCAUAGAGAAUUGCCUACAUUUACGGAUUUAAGUAUUAUAAUCAUAAUGAAAACAAUGAAAUAAAAUACUUAGAAAUUUAAAUUUGUAUCCCGUAAUUUUAAAAAUAUUUAAUUUUCUAUAUAAUUUUGUAAAUAAUUGCUGUAAUAAUUAUACUCGUGACUUCAAUAAUGUUUUAUAAGAAUUUUUAAAAUAUAUUCGAAUAAUCGUCACAUUUCUUCUCUGAAUGAGUUGUAUAUAUAAAUAAAUGAAAUUAAUUUUUACGAACAAUGAUUCGUUACAAUUAACAAAUAAAUUGUAAUUUUUUUACAAUAUUCUGUAACAAUUGUAAUAUUAAGUACAAUUAUUAUUA